CUACAUAGAGUCGAAAACCCUAGAAACGAGAGUUGGACGAGAGGAUCAAAGAAGAAGAAUGACGCAGAAGAGCAAUCAGUUCAAGGGCCAACAGAAGAAGAAGACUGUUGCCCCAAAUCGCCAUGGAAAAGCCAUUCAAACUCGCAAAGGAAGGAGAUACAUGAAACCGUCAAAGACGACGAAAGAGUUAGACACCGACCGGGAGCUUACGAAAUUCAUAAACCGUUGCAAUGAAGUCAAAGCUGCCAACGCUGCUUGCAAAGAAGGUGGUCAACUCAAUAUUCUCAAAGCCGAAUCUCAUGCUGAGCCGUCAAAGAAAUCCGCCAAGUAGACGAAUCAUUUUUUUUUCCUUUCAAAUUGUUAAACUUUUGUGUUUCUUACAACAGUUUUGUCACAAAUCAAAGUAACAAAGGUUAUGUCAAAGCACACUUUCUACGAGUGAUUGAAUCUCCAUACGCUUAUGAA